AUGGGUAAGGAAAAGACUCACAUCAACUUGGUCGUUAUCGGUCACGUCGACUCUGGUAAAUCAACUACCACUGGUCACUUGAUUUACAAGCUCGGAGGUAUUGACAAGAGAACUAUUGAGAAGUUUGAGAAGGAAUCUUCCGAAAUGGGUAAGGGUUCCUUCAAAUACGCUUGGGUUUUAGAUAAGCUCAAGGCUGAGAGAGAAAGAGGUAUUACUAUCGAUAUUGCUUUGUGGAAAUUCGAAACCCCAAAAUAUCACUACACCGUCAUUGAUGCCCCAGGCCAUAGAGAUUUUAUCAAGAAUAUGAUUACUGGUACCUCUCAAGCUGAUGUUGCUUUAUUGGUUGUCCCAGCCGAUCGUUUUGAAGGUGCUUUCUCAAAGGAAGGUCAGACCAGAGAGCAUGCUUUAUUGGCUUUCACCUUGGGUGUUAGACAAAUGAUCGUCGGUAUUAACAAGAUGGAUACCUGUGAAUACAAACAAUCACGUUUUGAUGAAAUCUACAACGAAGUUGAUGGUUAUCUCAAGAAGGUUGGUUACAAUACCGAAAAGAUCCCAUUCGUUGCCAUUUCCGGUUUUGUUGGUGAUAAUAUGGUUGAGAGAUCUGAUAAGAUGCCAUGGUAUAAGGGUAAGACCUUAGUUGAAGCCCUCGACACUAUGGAACCACCAAAGAGACCAACUGACAAGCCACUCCGUCUUCCAUUACAGGAUGUCUACAAGAUAGGUGGUGUAGGUACUGUCCCAGUCGGUCGUGUUGAGACUGGUAUUAUCAAGCCAGGUAUGAACGUUACCUUUGCCCCAGCUGGUAUUACCACUGAAGUUAAGUCAGUAGAAAUGCAUCAUGAACAAUUACCAGAGGCUGUGCCAGGUGACAAUGUUGGUUUCAAUGUUAAGAACGUCUCCAUCAAGGAUAUCAAGAGAGGUUUCGUCGCUUCCGACGCAAAGAAUGAUCCAGCUAAAGGUUGUGAAGACUUCACUGCUCAAGUUAUCAUCCUCAACCACCCAGGUGAAAUCAAGAAUGGUUACUCUCCAGUCGUUGACUGCCAUACCGCCCAUAUUUCUUGCAAGUUCCAAGCUAUCACUGCUAAGAUGGACAAGAGAUCUGGUAAGGUUUUGGAAGAGAACCCAAAACUCAUCAAGUCUGGUGAUGCUGCUUUGGUUGUUAUGCAACCAUUGAAGCCACUCUGCGUUGAGGCCUUCACUGACUACCCACCUCUAGGUCGUUUCGCUGUCCGUGACAUGAAGCAAACUGUUGCUGUCGGUGUUAUUAAGUCUGUUACAAAGAAAGAAACCACCUCUAAGAAGAAGUAA